CCUCCAUCCAAUCUACUUCUACCGCCGACACCGCCCAGCAUGCUCGACAUCGAAGAAUACGAGGACGUAUUCCCGGAGGGAGGCUAUCCCGCGAGUCUCGUUGACAGCAUCCAAGAGAGCCAGAUGCAGCUGGGAGGACGAACCUUCUUCGAGCGAUUAUUAGAGCUCCUCCAAAUCAAAUGGCGCAGAAUCUACCCGCCGCAAGACGAGCCCAAGCUCCGCGAGCUGCACAAGCGCAUCGUCGAGGCGCCAAUCACGCUCCACUACAAGCACUGCCUGAUCUUCUACCUGCUCAAAGACCUGGCGCCCGUCUUCCACGAGCAGCCCGACCUCGCCACCCAGUUCGCCGAAGACGUGCACCUCGAGAAGCGCUUCUGGACCUUCAUCGAGGGCAUCUGGGAGCUGGACCAUCUGCAGUUCGAGACCGCCGUCGGCAACCUCACGCAUCCGUCGAUCCUCCCCACGUUCCCCGACGAGAUCCUGCUCGCGCUGCUGGGCCGGCGGAACAAGAUGCCUGGCAGCGUGUCGGCGCGGGAUAUCCUGCCGCUCGCGUACUACAAUUGCGCGAAGCCGCCGCUGGUGGGCGAGCACGUCCAGACGGAGUUUGCGCGGUACAUGGCGGCGAGAAAUGUCACUGAGGCGUACUACUGGAUCCGCACGCGGCCGGAGCACGAGCACCACGCGCUGCUGGAGGUUAUGGUGGACCAGACGCUGCAGCGGCGCGACCGGGCGGACUAUGAUGCCCAUGAGCUGUAUCCGGCGGAGGACAGGGUGAUGGAGUUGGUCGGCUUGCCGUUCAGCGAAGAGGAGGACGAGUGGAUUGAGAAGUUCUUGACUGAGGGGAAGGGGCGCACGUUCAGGCAGGCGGAGGAUACGGUGGUUAUGAGGAGGAUUGCGACGGGCAGGGUGAGGGAUGUGGCAAGGGAGAAGGGGCAUAAGGGGAGGAAGUAUGAGGGUGUUAAUUGGGAGAUAUUGAGGGAUGGCAUGGCGAAGGGGCUAGGGCCGAGGAGGGAUGAGGAGGCCUUUGCGGUAUGAGAAUUCGGAGAUAGGAGGGACGGCUUCUGCGUAAAGAGCGGCGUUCAGGCGGUCUAUGACGGAGAUGCGAGAUUGGGCAUUCGAGUUUGACGGACUGUCGGCUUUGAAUUGCACCAUGGAGCACUCCGCGACAUCCUUCGUCAUUGGACUGUGUCUGGCGCAUACAAGAGCGCGUGGAGGCGAUUCUGGUCAGCCGUUCGACGGGCGGGCGAAGAGA